GUUCAGAUAAAGACUGCCCUCUUUUGUCGAAAUGUUGCUGCAGUUUGUUGCUGAAGGAGCUGCCAGUGGACUGAAUGUCAUUGCUGUGUAUGUAUCUGAGAUUCUCAGAGCAACAGGAGUCAACAAGACGAUAUCAGUGCCUCAUUUCACCGCAGAGAGUGUGUCUGCUGUGACCAAGUGGGCUUUGCUGGCUCUGAUUGGAUACUGGCUCCUGUCCUUGUUGCUUCGAGUCACCGUUGGGCUUGUAAGGCGAGCGUUUUGGCUGAUUAAAGCGGUCGUAGUGCUGUGGCUGUUUCUGCGGAUCGUCUGUGACCCCGCCGCCUCCACUGAAGUCACUACAAUGAGACUGACUCUACUAAUGCUCAUCUGUGCUGUGUUUGGAGUCGCUAUAAGCAGCGGCGGUGGGACAGCAGGCAAAGCCGUUUGUCUGGAAAGCCGAAUCAGAAGACUGGAGGGACAAGUCAAAGGCCUGGAAAAGAAAACACAGUAAUGAGCAGCUCAAAACAAGCAUAUGGACUCAUGAUAACUGGGAGAUGAGAAUUCAGGGAUGACAUCUGAAGUGUUUUAUGCAACUCACAACAGCCUUAGAAGUAUUUCUAUCCGAUUUUGCCAGUUCUUUCUUGUUUUGAAUAUAUUUCAUAAUUCAUUGGGCCACGGAGCCAUCUCCCAUAUUGUUUUUACUAAAAUGUAAAGCAAGAAGAAAAAACUUCAUCCUACAGCUCUGUGAAUUUAAUGUGCUACCAUUAAAGUUUUCCU